AUGGCUCAACCUCAUCGUACACGCAUUGUUCGUUUUCCAAAACAAGAACAUGAAAUUCAUGUAAUCGAUAAUCCAUUGAAUAGACAAACUAGAAAAAAAACUUCUUCACCAUUUCGUACACCAAGUCUUCUUCGAAAACAAAGUAGUAUUUUAUCUAAAGAUGAUUAUCAAGCACCAUUAACAGCAGAUUCUUUUCAACCAGAUUCUCGUUGGUUAAUUGUACGUCGUAAUUUACAUCGUAUUCGUCUUAUGGGUUUUAAUAAUCUUGGUAAAGAAGGUCGAGUAUCAGAUUUAUAUUUAGGUUUUCAAAUGACACGUGAAUUAAAACGUGCACGAGAAGAAAUAAAAAAUGUUGAUAAAGAAAAAGAUUUUCAUUUAAUUAAAGAAUUUUCUUUAUCUAAUCAAAAUGGAAAAAAAAAAGUAUUUAAUACAAGUCAUAUUACUCCUGAUGAUGCACUUAUUUAUGAUCGUCUUGGUGAAGAACCAUUAGCAUUACAAAAUUUACUUUAUUAUUUUAGUAAACAAGAAGUACAACAAGGAACUGUUUUUUGGGAUUUUUUAAAUGAAGUUAAUCUUGUAUUAAAUUUAAAACGUAAACGUACUGUUUUAGUACAAAGAUUAAGACGAUUAGCAUUAACAUUAGCUAUUAUUAUGUAUAGUAUUAUUGGUUUUAUGCUUUUUUUAAUGCUUAUUAGUGUAAUAACAACAGCAACAAAAUUAAAUGAUCCUGAAGUUGAAUGGAUGACGGAAAAUAUUGAACAAUAUAAUGAUAAACAAUUAUUAUUAAUAUAA